UUUACUGUAUAUCAGAACUGCUGUAACUGAAUUACAAAUUGAAGAAGUGUGUGUAUAAUAAUGUGUAUAUAUUGUCGCAGUUACCUGUGAAUUCGAUUACCAGGAAUUUCAUCAAGUAUAUUGACGUUUUAUGAUUUAAAGUUUUACAAUUACAAAAAUGUUCCACAGUGACUUUUAUUUUGACAAAACAUCUGAGCGAAGCCCCCCGGAAACGACAUCAGCCUCCACUAGCAACAGUGUCAAAGCGUUAUACCGUUUCAGACAGAAAAUCAAAACAACACACGACAGUCUUAUUUCACCAACGACGAACGAAAUAAUCGCCGUAUUCUAAACCUGUACUGCAACGGGACCUUGGUUUUCCACGGGACCUACGGGCGGCCCAAACACAGAGGAGCGCGAAUGAUGGCGAAUUACCGGGCGUUUCACAGCCAGCUCGCGACCAUCAUGGAGACGCUGACUCGUGCGGCGGUGGCAGAGAUCUGCGAGCUCGUUGACGAAGGUUACGCGGUUUUACACAUCGAGAUCUCACGCCACCAGAAAGAGAACGAGGAGCUCCGAAGGAAACUGCAGCUCAUAGAGUCCAUCGUCGCGGCGCGGGGGUACAGCGAGGAGACACCCGUGGCGCGCGACGGUCGGUGUGAUGGUAACCUGAGUAACGUUACUCGCGAGUCGCUAGUGGGCAGAAAAACGCAAGAAGACGAAGAGUCCACCAGCCGACGUACAAUGUUAGAGAUGCGUGAGCUUCGCGAGGAGGGAGAGUUGAUCCAAAUGCAGAUCAAAGAGGAAGGUCUCGAGCAGCCGCCGCUGGGAGAUGAUGACGACGAUGAGGACGAAGGUGAAAGUGUUUCUGCAGUAACUCACGACUCUCCGAAACCAGAUGUUGCCGAACUCUCGGGGCAGGAAUCUCACACACACUCACACUCCCCUGAUCAUGACACGCACUCUCACACACUCACGUUUGCAGGCACACACUCCGGCGCUGAUGAGUCCCAGCACUCCAGCGUCGACUUGGCUGCUUCAGAUAAUGCUUCCUUCUCCCUCGCACAAACCUCGUCAGAUACCCGCGCUUCCCAAGUCCCUAGAGUGUUUCAGGAAGACUUGUGCUUGAAGGCUGAUAUGGAUCUGGUAUCCGACUGGGCCACACACUCUGUCCGUGACACACUCACACACUUGCAGAGCUCUCCACAGAGGGUUGGCGGGUCUGACUCUCUCGUAUCCCAUAAUUCUCCCUUGUUUGCAGCACAGCGGCUCGUUGCUCUGGGUAACGUCUCAGGACUGGGUCUGUACGGCCGGAUGGGCACUUUACGGACAGGUGGAGCCGGCAAGCGACACUUCAUCUGUUCGAUCUGUGGUAAGAGUUUCACAACGUCGCAGAGUUUGGACACACACAUGCGCAUUCACACUGGAGAACGACCGUACCGCUGUGAGCAGUGCGGGAAACGCUUCACACAGUCCGGACACCUCACGGCUCACCAGACUGUCCACACCGGAGAAAGACCAUACGAAUGCACCCGCUGUGGAAAACGAUUCGCAGGGAAACAGUACCUCCGCAUACACACCAAGAAACACCAUCCUGACUUGCAUGCACUUUCCCAUAUACAGACUCACACACUGCAGGACACGCUUCCCUGAAAGAUGCACAGGCUCACAACAGAGAAUGAAGGACACCAUUUUUGAUGUUUGUUUAAUAUAUUUUAUAUAUUCUGUUCCAAGUGUAUUUUUGCAGUGUUCCGGCACUUAUUUUAACAGGUAAUUUUGCAGAAACUAAAGCAGUGAAAUGCAUUCUGUAUACAUACUGCAGGGAGACCAUGUGAAAGCCAACAUUAGAAAGCUGGAUUGAGCACAUUCAGAUUCUGAGACCUUCAAUAUGAAAUACUCCGUUUCACCUGAAUAGCAAAUGUACAGGAAAAUGUGUUGUUUGAGGAGUUUGUUAUGAUCUAAAUUAGAUAUAAUUAUAGAUUCUAAAUUUUUAUUUGCAGGAAGUCACAGCAAAAACACUAACUGGAUUUGUCUGUGUUGUAUUUAAUAGGAAUAAAUGGUUAAUUGAGGAAUUUUAUCUUCAAGUCUUAUUUGUGACUUGUCACUUAAAUUUUUUUUAGGUUGUAGAUGUUUUUCAAAUAUUCUGUGGGAUGUUAUACUGAUACUAUUGUAAUGCUUCUUUGAAGGAGAAAAAUAGAUUCAACUUCAGUAAUGAACAAAGAUAUAACAAUUGACAAUUUUAUGGGAAUAUUUCUUUAUGAAAAAAAGGAGAAAAAGGAUUCAUACUUGAUUUCAAUCAAUGCAUACAAACCCUGGAUUUAUUCAAAGGCAAUGCUUCAUGUAGAAAAUGUUUUAAAGUCACUUUUCUGACUUUUAUCUUCAUAACAUGAGUGCACAGCAGGGGUCUAAAACUGAAUGUGAUUAUUGUGAGGAACUUACUAAACAGCAAACUAUUACUUUCACAUACAACCUAAUCAAGGUACCUCUAAGAUUUUAAAUUAUUUCAAUCAAUGAAUGUUUGUUUAUAAAUCAACAUGUCACUUUGAUGAAUGUAAACAGUUUGAAAAUCCUGGUGUACAGUAUUUAAAAUCUAUUUUUACAAAUAUGCUUUUCAUUUAUAUGUAAAUUAAUGUAUUUUCUUUAUAAAGUCUCAGAAAACACCUAGAGCAACAUUCAAAUAUUUACAAAAAAUAUUUAAGCAUAAUCUACAAAACAAAGUACAGUAUUUUUCGGACUAUAAGCACCUGAGUAUAAGUCGCAUCAGUCCAAAAAUACUUAAUGAUGAGGGAAAAAAACAUAUAUAAGUCCCACUGUACUAUAAGUCAC